AUCCUCCCAGCAGCUCAGGUCACCUGGAUGCGGGCAGAAACACCUGCUGGUGGAGGACGCACCCCUUCACACAGCACUUUUUUCAUGUUAAGCACCGACCAGGCACGUCCCACCCUCACUUGCUCUCAGAGCGCAACACUAAUAACCGAGUCAGUGCCGGCACGUCUCAGUCACUGGUGCACUUAUUUCGAGUCAGGGUCCUUUAUUCUCAAGUCUGACAUGAUCUGGAGACUCGUGGUCCUCGGUGGGAUGUUCGUCCUUCUUCUGGGUGCUGAAGGCAGCAGGACGGUGACUUUCCGUCGGACUCAGCAGGAUGGGAACCAGGGGCAAACGCGCGCGCGCUCUAGGAGGGAUAUGAGCAGCCCCUCCGGGACCCCCAGGCCUGCUCAUGGUCCUCCCUUCACCUCCUGCAGGACCCCCCUCACCCCCCACGAGCACGAUGUUCUGGAUGCCAAUAGGCAUGAGACAGGGUUUAACGGUGAUGAUGGCUCCUAUGUGAUUCUCACAUGGGUGGGUGAUGGUACAGGGGUCGUCCUGGUGCUGUCAACAUUUAGUGCUCCGAUAGACUCGUUCCUAGAAGGCGGCUCGUCUCGACUCUAUCGAAGCACGGAUUACGCAAAAUCCUUCCAUGACAUUUCCCAUCGGAUCAACAACACCUUCAUCAGGGAGGAGUUUGGAGUCAGUGUUGGACCAGGGAGCUCUGUGAUACUGACAGCAGACAUACCUGUGGUGGACCACCCAGGCGGGAUCAUCUUCAUCUCCACAGACGCCGGUGCGACCUUCAAGUUCAUCCAACUACCCUUCCACCUGGCCCAGCCAAUCACGUACCACUUCCUCAACCCCGACUACCUUGUGGCCCUCAGCAUUGAUGGCGGUCUGUGGCUCUCUCUGGACUUUGGCGCCAAGUGGACAAAAGUUCAUGAUGGAGUGCAUUCUUUCUCAUGGGGGGCCGGCAUUAAUUUGUUCUUCAGCUACAGUCAAACAGACACGGUUGAGGCAGAUGAGCGGGGGGAUUUAGUGCUGAAGAGGACCAAAGAUCUGGGGAAGACCUUCACCACAAUCCACGAGGACAUCUACAGUUUUGGCUACAUCGGAGCGUUUCUCUUCUUCUCUGUGAUGGAGGACUCGAGAUCCCCUCGUGUCAUGUACUUCUCAUCAGACCAAGGAGAUACCUUCAGUCGAGCGCUGCUGCCCUCUGCCUCCACUGAGCAGUUUUACUCCAUCCUGGAUGGAGAUGAAGAUAUGCUCUUCAUGCAUGUGGACAACCCAGGAGACACCUACUUUGGAACCAUGUACACGUCCGAUGACCGGGGCAUCUUAUUCUCCAAAUCGCUAGAGCGCCACCUGUUUGAUGGGCAGAGGAAGAGCGAUUUCACCAACAUAACGUCACUGAGAGGAGUCUACCUCACGAAUAAACUGGACGAAGAUGGCCGUAUAAGAUCUGUCAUUUCCUUUAAUAGAGGAGGGACGUGGAGGCUACUCAACAAACCCGAGAAUGUGGAAUGUGUAGAGCAUGUCAGGAAUUGCAACCUUCAUAUUCAUGGAGAGCACAGUCGCAACAUUCGCAUCGUUCCCAUGCUGGCUCUGUCUGAGCCAACUGCUAUUGGUCUGGUUAUCGCCCAUGGUACGGUGGGUGACUCUCUGUCAUCGUCGCAGCACCCAGAUGUGUUCGUCUCCUCAGACGGGGGUUAUAACUGGAGGGGGACGCUAAGGGGUCCUCACCACUACAGCAUAUUAGACUCUGGAGGUCUCAUUGUGGCUGUGGAGGCCCAGCAUGAAGGACAAGUCAAGACUAUCAAGUUCUCCACAGAUGAAGGCCGGUGCUGGAAGUCCUACAACUUCACCAAGCAGCCCUUCUUCUUCGCAGGCCUGGCGUCCGAGCCGGGGACCAAGGCCAUGAAUGUGAGCGUGUGGGGCUUCCGGCCUGAGGACGACGGACAGCCAAUGUGGGUGGCGGUCACCAUUGAUUUUCAGAGCCUCAUUACAAGAGAGUGUAAUGACGAGGACUAUGAGGAGUGGUUGGCUCAUGCUACAGAUGAAGGUGACUUGGAGAGAAACGGCUGUCUCCUGGGUGUCAGAGAGACGUACAGGAGGCUAAAGAAAGAAUCUGUGUGCAGAAAUGGGCGAAGCUUUGUGGUGAGCAAGGAGCAAAGACCCUGCCUGUGCACCAGAGAAGAUUACUUAUGCGACUACGGUUACCAUCGCCAUGUGAACACCUCAGAGUGUGUGAGACAACCCAGCGCUCCAAAUAAAACCCUGGAGCUCUGUCUGAAUGGAGAGGAGGAUGAGCUCCUCACAGCAGGGUACCGUAAGGUCCCCAGUGAUCGGUGUGAGGGGGGAUUCAGCCCUCAGCUCAGUGCGCAGACAGUCAUCAGACCCUGUGGGGUUAAACCCAGCCCAGGUCCCCCUGCCAGGUCCUCGUCUCCAGUCACACACUUUGACACACCGCGAGAGAGGCUGGUGUUGAUCCUGGUGUGUGCAGGAGCAGGGGUCAUCGUCCUGAUAGCUGUUGUUUCCUCUGUCUUUGCUGUCAAGAGGGUGGUUUACAGAAACAUGUCACCGACGUAUCGUUUCUCCAACCUCAGGAGUCAGCUUGAUGAUAACGGCAUCACAGGUGAUCUUGAGAGCGCCACCAGCAGCAACGGCACGGCCUGCCAGCAGGACUCAGAUGAUGAUCUUAUUGACUGACACAUGACACCUCCUCAUGGAUAUAAUGAAUGUUCAAGAUGGAGACCAGCUGUGUUGAUAAAGACUGUCGGUGGCAUUUUGUUGGACUUAUCCCUAAUUUUGAUGGGGGCGCCCUUUGUGGCACAUUUGGAGGAUGUGGAGGACAAGCAUGAGAAUGUCAUAAUUUAUUGAGCUUGCUUUAUUUCAUUGCUUUACUCUUUGAUUUGUACAGUAUUUUUUAUUUUAUUUUAUUUUAAUCUGUGCUGCAUCAUCUUUUUACUUUCUGUUCAAUGUGAAAACAAACUUAGCAAUCCUAAAAAUGUGCAUUUGUAGAAAAAACAAACAAACAAAAAAUACAGAAUAUUAUUAUGUGUUUAAAAUAUGCAAAUAUCAGAUGUAACUCUCAAUAAACCCGCCAGAGCUUCUGCCCACCAGAGGACGCUGGCGGCGCUGUGACGCCUCCCAUCUGUUUGGAAGUGAACAGAGAAGAAAAAAAAGGAGGAAGUUGUUGUGACGGAAACAAAGAUAGGUCAUUGAUAUGAUGUCUCACUCAUGACAAACCUAUUCCACUCUUACAGGGUGAAAGAAAAAUACAUCAAUUCUCACAUCAAACUGCUGACAAAAGCAUAAUUUCCCCACAGAGGAAGCAGAAGUACAACUACUGCACAAGAAUGCUCAUAACUCUAUUAAUAUAUUACUGAAUUAGCCACAACUCUUGAGUCCAUGUUGCUGUGAGGGGGAACUUUGCAGUUUGCAAAUUUCACAUGCAAAUUUGCAGUGAGGAUGAAAUGCAGGAUGGGGGCUGGGGAUGGAGGAUAGAAUCUUAAUGUUUUUUUUAUUGCUUUAACACCCAAAUAAGUGUAAUUUACCAUAUGCAAAGUAAAUUAGACGUUAAGAGACAAAGGGCCCCUGGACACAGGUAUUGCACAAAGCCCCACCACCUCUCCUACAUAGAAGAAAGACACACAGACUUUGUGGUAGUUUUGUGUCUCUUUUGUUGUUGUGAUGCAUCUUUUUGUGGCUUUGUUUCUUUUUGUAUGAGAUUUGUGUCUCUUUGAGGUAAUUUUGUGUCUUUUAUUUUGGUUGUUUUGUGUCUUUUGCAGUUGUUGUUUUGUAGAUGUCUCUCUGCUGCUCAUUUGCAUCGUCUGUGGUUAUUUUGAGUCUCUUCCUGGUUGGUAGGUUGUAAUUUGAGUGACAUUUUGCAGGUGAAGGCCAGGGGCGCCCUGACACUUUGGGCCCCUGGGCUUACAAUCGGUUAGCCCGCUCAAUAAUCCAUCCAUGCUCAGAGGAGCAUAUUAAACUCAGAUUUAAAUAACU